AUGCUGAGGGGAGGUGGACAGGGCCUGAAGGCCUUGGGCCUCAUCCGCAGCGCGCUUGCCGGCGAUGUGGCGGCGCUGAGCUUCACAAGCAGCGGCCGGCCUGCUGCAGCGGCCCUGCUGGGCAGCAGCGAGGUGCAGUCCGGCUGGGGCAGGCUGUAUGCGGCGCUGCCGGCGGGGGUGACGGAGGAGGACAAGGCGGCACUGACCGACGUGCGCAACAUUGGCAUCUCCGCCCACAUUGACAGCGGCAAGACCACGCUCACCGAGCGGAUCCUGUUCUACACGGGGCGCAUCCACGCCAUCCACGAGGUGCGCGGCAAGGACGGGGUGGGGGCCAAGAUGGACAGCAUGGAUCUGGAGCGGGAGAAGGGCAUCACGAUCCAGUCGGCGGCCACCUUCUGCCGGUGGAAGGACACGCACAUCAACAUUAUCGACACCCCCGGCCACGUGGACUUCACGAUUGAGGUGGAGCGAGCCCUGCGUGUGCUUGAUGGCGCCAUCCUGGUGCUGUGCAGCGUGGGCGGCGUGCAGUCCCAGUCCAUCACCGUGGACAGGCAGAUGAGGCGGUACGAUGUACCGCGGGUGGCCUUCAUCAACAAGCUGGACCGGGCGGGCGCCGACCCCUGGAAGGUCAUCCGCCAGAUGCGGGAGAAGCUGCGCCUGAACGCGGCGGCGGUGCAGCUGCCCAUCGGUUCGGAGGACUCGCUGCGGGGCCUGGUGGACCUGGUGGAGCGCCGCGCUUUCCACUUCGAGGGCAGCAGUGGCGAGAAGGUGGUGGAGGUCCCGCUGUCGGCUGAGCUGAAGGAGGAGGUGGAGGCGAAGCGCGCGGAGCUGGUUGAGCAUGUGGCGGAGGUGGACGAGGCCCUGGGGGAGCACUUUGUGCUGGAGGAGCCCAUUGACGGCGGCAUGCUGGCGGACGCGAUACGCAGGUCUGUGCUGGGCCUCAAGUUUGUGCCGGUCUUCAUGGGCAGCGCCUUUAAGAACCGCGGAGUGCAGCUGCUGCUGGAUGGCGUGUCGGACUACCUGCCGUCCCCGCUGGAUGUCAACAAUUUCGCGCUGGAUCUGGACAAGGGCGAGGAGCGGGUGCUGCUGCCGUGCAGCAAAACGGGCCCGCUGGUGGCGCUGGCCUUCAAGCUGGAGGAGGGGCGGUUUGGGCAGCUGACCUACAUGCGCAUCUACUCGGGCGUGGUGCGCAAGGGCGACAACAUCGUGAACCAGACCAGCGGCAAGCGCAUCAAGGUGCCACGCCUGGUGCGCAUGCACGCGGACGAGCUGGAGGACAUCACAGAGGCGGCGGCAGGGGACAUUGUGGCCAUGUUUGGCGUGGAGUGCGCCUCUGGGGACACCUUCUGCGACGGGGCCACCACGCUGGCCAUGACGUCCAUCUCCGUCCCCGAGCCGGUGAUGAGCCUGGCGGUGGCGCCCAAGGCCAGGGAUCAGAGCGCCAACUUCAGCAAGGCGCUUAACCGCUUCACCAAGGAGGACCCCACAUUCAAGGUGGCCAUGGACCCGGAGAGUGGGCAGACCAUCGUGAGCGGCAUGGGCGAGCUGCACCUGGAGAUCUACAUAGAGCGCAUGAAGCGGGAGUACAAGGUGGACUGCGAGGUGGGCAAGCCGCGGGUGAACUUCCGGGAGGCGGUGACACGGCGGGCGGAGUUUGACUACCUGCACAAGAAGCAGAGCGGCGGCCAGGGGCAGUACGGCCGGGUGACGGGAUACCUGGAGCCGCUGCCGGCUGACCACCCCACCAAGUUCGAGUUUGAAAACGGCAUCCUGGGCAACGCCAUUCCGCCCAACUUCAUCCCCGCCUGCGAGAAGGGCUUCCGGGAGGCGGUGAAUGCUGGGGCGCUCAUCGGGCAUCCGGUGGAGGGUGUGCGGGUGGUGCUGACCGACGGUGCGGCGCACGCGGUGGACUCGAGCGAACUGGCCUUCAAGCUGGCCUGCAUGUUUGCAUUCAAGCAGGGGUACGAGAAGGCGGCGCCCACAAUCCUGGAGCCCAUCAUGAAUGUGGAGGCGAGUAUCACCGCCCCCAGCGAGUUCCAGGGGAACAUCAUCGGAGACGUGAACAGGCGCAAGGGCAUCAUCAUGAGCAGCGAGCAGGAGGGCGACGACGUGGUGAUCAAUGCGCACGUGCCGCUGAACGAGAUGUUUGGGUACUCCACAGGCCUGCGCAGCAUGACGCAGGGCAAGGGCGAGUUUACAAUGGAGUACCAGGCGCACAUGCCGGUCACAGCCGACACCCAGGCGGAGCUGACCUCCCACUACCGCGCCGCACGUGCGGCAGGCAAGUCGUAGGCAAACAUCACCGGCGACACCUUGACCCCAGCCUGCAGCAGCAUCCAGCCUGCUCCUGCACCUUGACGCAUGCCCGCUCGUGGCGGCCACUGGCACUGCGAAUCUGAUCUCCAAAGAGCCCCCACCCCCCCAUGCGGUGGACCUAACCCACCCGAUUUGCAUGCGCCUCCCUCGGAUUGUGGCAAAUGCUCCCGUUCGCCCCUGCCUGAGCAAGGCGCCCGACCUCCGCUCCUUUCAUUGCCUGCUUCCUUCAACUUAUUCUCACGCAUGCGAGAAUGUGCGGCCUGUGUGCUGCUCCUCCCGUUGCACCCUAAUCCUCUAUCUUGUUUGUUGUUCAAAGUUUGAUGCUGCUUUUCGCUUGACAUUCAGGCUUAGGGCACACACGUGCCCAACAUUGUGACUGCUCUCACUGUGC